GUUGUAGGUUGUGGUGUGUGGUAAUAUUGGGAAUUGUUGACAGGAGAGGCCGCCGGGAGGGACGUGGGGCUCCUCCAGAAUAUAUCCCGGAGUUGCACAUAUACUAAGUGGCAGUAACAAAAAUGGGUCUUCUGUCUCUUCUCCGAAAACUGAAGUCAACUCCAGAUCAAGAUUUGCGCAUAUUAUUGCUUGGUCUGGAUAAUGCAGGAAAAACAACGUUGCUAAAGAAGUUAGCCUCGGAGGAUAUAACACAAACCACUCCAACACAAGGCUUCAAUAUUAAGUCUGUCCAGUCUGAUGGGUUUAAGCUUAAUGUUUGGGACAUUGGUGGCCAGCGCAAGAUUCGACCCUAUUGGAGAAAUUAUUUUGAAAACACUGAUGUACUGAUUUAUGUCAUUGAUAGCGGUGAUAGAAAAAGAUUUGAUGAGACUGGUCAAGAACUAGGCGAGAUUCUCAGUGAAGAGAAACUUGCAGGUGUACCUGUCUUAAUUUUUGCCAACAAACAAGAUCUGUUUAAUGCAGCACCAGCCUCGGAGAUAGCAGAAGGUCUUCAGCUCCAUACCAUUCGAGAUCGUACGUGGCAGAUACAGGCCUGCUCAGCAACAUCAGGAGAGGGUGUUAAAGAUGGAUUAGAUUGGGUUUGUAAGAAUCUGAAGAAGAAAUGAGACCCUUUACUUCAAUCAGCAAACGAUGUAUUCCGUCCAAGCACUGCAAAAACUUGUCGUUAUUUCAUAUGAGAAAGGGUUAAAAUAUUAUUUACACUAAAUUAGAACAUCUUGAACUUUAAUGGGAAAUGAACUGGAAAAUCAUCUCACAAGGUAGGACAAAAUACUGGACAACUGUUUUUGCUUACAAGCUGUGACUUUUUAGGGUUUUCAUAUUAUGGUAUGGUAUUUUUAUUUCAUUAUGAUAAAUACUACUACAGUAUCGUACAAUAUGCGAAAGGCAUAUUUAACAUUAUAUAACAUGAAGUCAUUCAAGACACAUUAUACAAGAAAUGUAUGGCAGCCUUCCCAAGGAACCACCAAUAUUGCAGCACAAAACAUAUUUUACACCAGAUUCUUUUAACAUUUUAGGAAAUUAGAUAGAAGGUGUUGCAUGAAUUAUAAUUACUUUUCUCAAUUUUAAAAUGACUAAAAUUAGUAAUGACAGGAUAUUUGCAUAGAUUUUUAUCUGAUAGCUUGGCAUCAUUCAAUGGUGGUGAACCAAGUCACAAACACCAUAUUAUUCACACAGACCUAAGUUAAUGUGUGGCAAUAUCAUGUGGACCAUUUUAGUUUUGUCAUUAAAAUUAGGGUGCACCUAAAUUAAUGCUAUGAAAUCUUUGUCUGUAGCAUGUAUGUUGUAUAGAAUUUUUCAGAUAUGCACAACAAAAUGACAAAAUUUGUAGUUUAAGAUGUGAAAAUUAAUGAAUUAUAAUUCUAAAUAUUGUCAGUGUAUGUAGAUAAUUUACUGGCACUCCAGAACCCUUCCAUAGUGGCACCCCAAAGAGAAAUUGUGCUUAAAUCAACGUUUUUGGCAUCUUUUGCCAAUUUAAACAAAUUGACAAGGAAAUUUGAUUAGAAACUAUUCAAAGGGAAAAUAUCCUAUACAGAUUUUUAGUUAGUGUAAUAUGUAAUUAAUUAUUUUUCUCUUGGAAGCCAAGUGUAUAAAAUCCUUUUUAUUUUUGUUACUGAGACUUUGAAGAUCAUGAGCCAAAUUCUGGGAAAGCAUUUAAUUUAACACAACAUAAGUUAUAUUAUAAAUAUAAGUAUACUUUACUAAAUAAGUAAAAUACAAGGCUAUGUGAAAUUACCGAGCUUUAUAGUACAAGCGUUUGUUUAUGCUCAAACACACCUCAUUCGGCACAAAGAAAAUUGAGAGCUUCAAUGGUGUACGACAAAGCUGGUCCCAUAACUGAAACAUGAGAUAUGAGAAUUUAACCUCAAAUUGAUUGAAAAAGAGAAG